CCAUAUAUUAAACCAAGAAUUAAUUUUCAAUUUAUUAAAGAUAAUUUCAAAAGUAUUCAAGAAAAUAUCAAUAUAAGAAAAUCAGGUAUCGAUUUAGAAUCAUUGAUUAAAAACUAUGAUGAAUAUAGAAUCGUUAAAAAAGAAUUGGAUUUUAAGAGAUCAAAAAGAAAUGAAAUUGCAUCACAAAUGAAAUCAUUGUUAAAGAAUUCGCCACAAUCAGAUCGUUUACAAUUGGUUGAACAAGGUAAAUUAGUAAAAGAAGAAGUUAUAUCAUUAGAAAAACAACAUGAUAAACUAUUCAAUCAUAUCACAUUGGAAUCAUUAAAAAUUCCAAAUAAUACACAUCCCGAAUCACCCAUUGGUCCAGAAUCAAGUGCUCGUGUAAUUCAAUUGGUUAAUGAAAAACCAAAUUUUGGUAGUGAUCAAAAAGUUAAAGAUCAUUUAGAGAUUGGUGAGGAGUGUGGUCUUAUUAAAUCUGCUUCAAAAACAACAGGUCAUAAAUAUUACUAUUUCACAAGAGAAGCUGCAAUGUUGGAAAUGGCAUUAUCAUUUUGGGCAUUUUCAAAACUUUCAUACAAAUAUGGCUUUACAUCAGUAAUUACACCAGAUCUUAUUCAUCCAAAUCUUGCUGAAGGCUGUGGUUUUCAUGCACGUAGUGAUGCCGAUCAAUUGUUUUGGAUCAAAGAUAGAGAACUUUGUUUGUCUGCCACCUCAGAAAUACCAUUAGCUGGUAUGUACUCACAUAAUGAGCCAAUUCAUGAAAAUGAUUUACCAAUUAAAAUGGUUGGUUAUUCUCAUUGUUUCCGUCCUGAAGUUGGUAAAGGUGCCCAAAAUCGUGGUAUUUAUCGUGUACAUCAAUUUAGUAAAGUUGAAAUGUUUGUAAUUUCAACUCCAGAACAAUCAAAUCAAAUUUUAGAAGAUCUCUUAAAAAUUCAAUUAGAACUAUUCACAGAUUUAGGUCUUCAUUUCCGUGUUUUAGAUAUGCCAACUGAAGAUUUAGGUGCUCCAGCAUUCAAAAAAUAUGAUAUUGAAGUUUGGAUACCAUCAAAAAAUGAUUAUGGUGAAAUUAGUAGUGCUUCAAAUUGUACAAAUUAUCAAAGUAAAAGAUUAAAUAUAAAAUAUACAAAUAAUAAUAAUAACAAUAAUAAUAACAAUAUAAUAGAUUUAGAUAAUGAUGAAAAUUCAACUCAAACUUUUGCACAUACUUUAAAUGGUACUGCUUGUGCUAUACCACGUUUAAUUUUAGCAAUUUUAGAAAAUAAUCAACAAAAAGAUGGUUCAGUAUUAAUACCAAAGGUUUUAAGACCAUUUAUGAAUAAUCAAGAAUAUAUUUAUCCAUUAAAAAAA